AUGGGCGAGAAAGCCGAUGAAAUUCUUAAUCGGAUCCUACCGCAAAUGGACGCAGGGACGACGUUUGAUACAGUGAAGGGCAAACUCAAAGAUCACUUCGCGCCAAAGAAGAAUCUAAUCUUUGAGAGAUUUAAAUUCAAUUCAAGAGUUCAACAGCAGGACGAGAGUGUAGAAUCCUUCGUCACAGCGCUACACACACUCGCCGAAAAGUGCGAGUUCAAUAGCUUAUUGAAGGAGGACCUCAUUGGAGACCGGUUGGUCAUCGGGGUGAGAGACUCAAAAACAUCGGAACGAUUACAAUUAAUCGCCGAUCUUACAUUGGAGAAGGCCGUGAUAAUGGCUCGUCAGGCAGAAACACAGGCUAAGCACGGGAAGCUGCUGCGUCAGAAUAAUGGCGGCGAAUGCGGAGAAGUAAACAAGAUCUCGCAAGGACGGGCGAGAUGGCCCGCGAAGAAUAACAAGAAACAUGGCGUCACAGAAGGAAAAAAGAAUAUCAACAAAGGAGCCUCGUGCCAGAGAUGCGGACUGGAUCAACAUACGGAAAGCGCGAGAUGCCCAGCGCUUCGAUCGACAUGCCGCAGCUGUAAGAAGAUAGGCCAUUGGGACAGAGUUUGCAGAACGCGCAACAUAAAGCGCCUAGCAGAAGAAGAUGGCAACGUCACAAACGAAGCCAGCGAGAUGGCGUUCUUGAGAGCAAUAGGGCGUCGGACAUCGCAUGUAGAUAAAGAUUUUGUAGUUCGCGUAAAGAUUCUUGAGCUCGCGAAAGAGGAAGAAUUUCUCAUAGACACGGGUGCUGACAUAACUUGCAUUUCGAGCGAGUCGAUAUUGAAAGAUUUUAAGCGUAAAAUUUUACCGACCGAUAAAGUAGUUUUCGGGCCUGACGGGAAAAGAUUAUCAGUUAUCGGCUAUUGUAACGUGAAUUUAAUUAAAGACGACGCGAAAUUAGAAGGCAAAAUUUACGUCUUGCGCGGGUUAAAGCAAAAUUUGCUUGGGAAGCCGGAAAUAAGGGGAUUUAAUUUAGUUUAUGGAAUAAGAAAUGCUAACACCAAGCCCAUAAAAUCUAAAGUAAGCGUGGAAAAAGAGUUUCCAAAAGUUUUCAGGGGCCUAGGUUUAUUUAGCAAAGAGUUAACUAUUCACAUGAGAGAGGGGACCAAACCCUUCGCGUUAAGCGUCCCGCGGUCAGUCGCGUUACCUUUACUACCAGAAUUAAAGAAAGAGUUAGACGCACUACAGAAUAAGGGCGUAAUCGUCCCAGUCGAUUUCCCGACAGAAUGGUGCAGUCCAAUAGUAGUAGUUCCGAAACUAAACGGCAAGGAAAUACGCAUAUGCGGCGACUACACGGUUCUUAAUAAAAGCGUCAGGCGUGCGGUACAUCCGAUACCGAAGAUAGAUGUCGCGCUCGCAAAGUUAAAAGGAUCGAAAAUAUUUUCUAAACUCGAUGCUAAGACAGGCUAUCACCAAUUGAGGUUAGAUAAAGAAAGUCAGAAACUGACGACGUUCAUAACCCCGUUCGGAAGGUAUAUGCACACACGCUUGCCAUAUGGCGUAAACUGCGCAUCAGAUUAUUUUGCGAAAGAGUUCACAGAAGCACUAGGCAAUGUAGCAAACGUCGUCGUUGUCGUUGAUGACAUUUUAAUAUGCGGCCGAAACGUCGAGGAACAUGAUAAAACACUGAGAACAGUGCUCGGUAGACUAGAAAGCGCCGGGAUAACGGUCAACAAAGAUAAAUGUAUUAUCGGUGUACAAGAAAUAGACUUUCUGGGACAUAAAAUUUCAGAAUACGGAAUUAGCAUCUUGCCCGAGCGUGUAAACGCGAUAGUGAACUUUCCGGUUCCUAAAAAUAAGGAAGCGUUGCUACAAUUUUUAGGCAUAGUGAAUUAUAUUAGCAAGUUCAUCCCAAACAAAUCUUCGUUGUUAGAACCGCUCAACUCGCUGCUAAAAGACGGAGUAUCUUUUGCAUGGGCGUCGACUAUAGUGUGGUUAAUGUGGAGUACUCCACACUCAAAAUUUUUUCGUGUAUGGAAUUUCACACUUAGAAAUCCAAAGAAUAUAAAAAUUAUUUCUUGA